ACCUGCACGGGUGUUCGAACAGCUGUCGCCAUGUUGUCUGUUGCCGCCCGCUCCGGGCCGUUCGCGCCUGUCCUGUCAGCCACAUCCCGCGGGGUGGCGGGAGCGCUGCGACCCCUGGUGCAGGCCGCGGUGCCCGCCACCCCGGAGUCGACCGUGCUGGACGUGAAGCGACCCUUCCUAUGCCGAGAGUCGCUCAGUGGCCAGGCCGUGAACCGGGCUUUGGUCGCCUCUGUGGGCCUCAACGUCCCUGCUUCUGUUCGUUAUUCCCACACAGAUGUUAAGGUGCCUGACUUCUCUGACUACCGUCGCACUGAAGUUUUAGAUAGCACGAAGUCUUCUAAAGAGAGCAGCGAAGCUAGAAAAGGCUUCUCCUAUUUGGUAACUGCAACUACUACUGUUGGUGUUGCAUAUGCUGCUAAGAAUGUAGUCUCUCAGUUUGUUUCCAGCAUGAGUGCUUCUGCUGAUGUAUUGGCCAUGUCAAAAAUCGAAAUCAAGUUGUCCGAUAUUCCAGAAGGCAAGAACAUGGCUUUCAAAUGGAGAGGCAAACCCCUUUUUGUGCGCCAUAGAACCAAGAAGGAGAUCGACCAGGAAGCUGCAGUUGAAGUGUCCCAGUUGAGGGACCCACAGCAUGAUUUAGAGAGAGUAAAGAAACCUGAAUGGGUUAUCCUGAUAGGUGUUUGCACUCAUCUUGGCUGUGUACCCAUUGCAAAUGCAGGAGAUUUUGGUGGCUAUUAUUGCCCUUGCCAUGGGUCACACUAUGAUGCAUCUGGCAGGAUCAGGAAGGGGCCUGCGCCUCUUAACCUUGAAGUACCCUUUUAUGAGUUCACCAGUGAUGAUGUAGUGGUUGUUGGUUAAAUACUUGACUCAAGGUCUAGCCUUUUUUUAGUCUUCAUGUCCCCUGAGAAGCAUUGUGAGAGCAAGCCUUGUGUACUUCCAAGUUGAUUUAAAAUAUUCAAGAAUUGUUAAUAAUGUAUUUGCAAACAUUAAUGUGAAGUAAAUUGAAUUGUUAGUUACCAUCAAACAUUCAUUUAAUAAAGUCACUGUUAAAAUUAA